AUGACAUGGAAAAAGUUGGCUGUCCCCGAAACACCUCAGGGCGGAGCAAAGGUGGAACACAUGUUCGUCCUCUCAGCCGCAUUGCCCAUCACCAAAGCACUUAGCCUCUUUCUGUUGAUCUAUCUAUCCUCUCAGUUGGCGAUGCUUCCAUCUUUUUCCAUAUCCACCCCUCGUCCGUUGCCUAUCCAUGACAAGUCAGUUAUCCCUUUAGGCCUCGGAUCUUGA